AUGCUAUUUUUUUCUUGGGGGGAUAAGAUUGGUGGGCCUCCUAAUCUUUCGGAUAUUAGGGAUGCGUCUUCGUUUAUUCAUGACUUGAAGCUUUUUGAACCUCCUUCCAGGGGUAGACGUUUCACGUGGUCGAACGGGCAAGUGAACCCCACUUGGGUGAAACUAGACAGGUUUAUUGUCAAUGGAGCUUGGGCUGAGAUGUUCCCUAGACUGAUCCAAAAUUGUCUUCCUCGCCUUGGCUCCGACCAUGUGCCUAUUAGACUUGAGGUCGGCAUGCACUGCUAUAACCCUAGGCCGUUCCGUUUCGAGCUCACUUGGACUACGGUGGAUGGCUUCGCCAGUUUGGUUUCCCAGUGGUGGGCUAGCUGCAAUCCGCAGGGCUGUGGGGCUUUUGUGAUUGCUAAAAAGUUGCAAGUGCUCAGGGAUAAAUUGCGUGUUUGGUCCAAGGAAAGUUUCGGGUCCAUUAAGUUGCGUAAGCUUGACCUCCUUCAAGAGUUGGAGAUUUUGGAUAUCAUCAAGGAAUCCGAGCCUCCGUAUCUCGGGGAAUCCGCAGAGGAGGUGGGUUUAUGGGAGAGAUUGGAGGUGAUUCGCAAGCAGGAGGAGUUCCAGCGGCAGAAAAAAACUAUCAAUUUUAUCCCCUCUGUCAAGAUCGGGGAGGAGUUUUUUUCGGAGGUCAGGGAGAUUGGUAAGGUUUUUGAAAACCGCUUUCGCGCGCUUUUUGGUCAACAACGCCCAUUUCGCUUUAAGGUGGACCUAAAUAGGCUUUUAACGAAUAAAGCUAGGGUUGAUUUAUCUCAAUUGGAGCGACCUUUCACUAUUGAGGAAGUCAAAAAGGCUGUUUUUGAUCUUGGGAGCGACAAGGCACCGGGUCCUGAUGGGUUCCCACUGCUUUUCUUUAAAUCAUACUGGGAGACUGUCAAAGUUGAGGUUUUGAAGAUGUGUGAGGACUUUUACGAUGGGAGGGCGAACUUGGAGCGUAUUAAUUGGGCAAGCAUUGUUCUCAUACCUAAGAUUUCCAGCCCGGUAUCCCCGGGGGAUUACCGACCGAUCAGUCUCAUUAAUUCCUCCCUAAAAAUCAUUUCCAAGAUUCUAGCUUCGAGGCUCAGCACGGUGAUGGCUUCGCUGGUGGACCAUUCCCAGUCGGCCUUUUUGAAAGGUAGAUGCAUCUUAGACAAUAUUGCUACGGCUGAGGAAUUGUUAUUCAGUAUCCAUAAAAGGAAGAUGGAUGACCAUGUGUUAAAAGUGGACUUUGCUAAGGCGUUUGACUCGGUUGACUGGGAAUUUUUGUUAGAGUUGCUAAAAGCUCGAGGUUUUGGUACAAAAUGGAUAGGGUGGAUUUGCAACCUUCUAAGUAUGUCGAAAGCCUCCAUCCUCAUUAAUGGGUCCCCCAGAGGGUACGUUAGAUAUCAGCGUGGCCUUAGGCAAGGUGAUCCGCUGUCUCCGCUGUUGUUUGUUUUGGUUACGGAUGUGCUGAGCACUUUGUUUGAGAACGCGCUGUUUUCUCAAAUUUUGGUCGGUGUCCCGGUAGGGGAAGUUGGUAGCAUCUGGCUCUCGGGUUUGGAAACCAACUUUGCCAAGACUUGUCUUUUCUCUAGCGACCCGCACCAGCUACCGGAUGAGAGGACCGCGAAUACCUUUUGUUGUUCCGUGAGCCGUCUCCCGGUUACCUAUCUGGGCAUUCCGAUUUCCGGAAGAAGGCCUCGUAAUCAUGACUGGAGGAGUUUAAUUGACAAAAUCAAAAGCCGCCUGUCGACGUGGAAAUCAAAUUAUCUAUCUAUCGGUGGCAGGCUCACUCUUUUAAAUUCGGUCCUUUCCUCCUUGCCGACAUUUUGGAUGUCCAUGUUUUGCCUUCCCAAAUGGGUCAUUAAAGAGAUUGACCGGAUCCGCCGAGAUUUCUUGUGGUCGGGUCCUGACAUGGAUAUCCCUAGGUGCCGUCUCGUUGCUUGGCAGGCUAUAUGUCGCUCGAAGGAACAGGGUGGUUGGGGCAUAUUAAAUCUGUCUGUUUUCAAUAUGGCCCUGCUAGGGAAAUGGAGAUGGAAAUUUUUGUCUGAUUCAAAUUGGUGUUGUGCGAGGGUGAUUAAAUUCAAUUACAAUUUGACGUCUUGGAAUAUGUUUAGCCUGCCGCGGGGCAGGGUUUCUUUCUUCUGGUCGGGGGUCCUGAAAGGCUUGUCGGCUUUUAAUGGGUGUGUUACGGUUAAAGUCCACUUUGGGAUGGAGGCGCUAUUUUGGAAGGACAGAUGGCUCAAUGGCCGCGCACCUAUGCAUCUUUGGCCGAAUGAGUUUUUGGCCUCUCCAAUGCAGAAUGCUUCUGUGUUCGACUUGAGGCAUCUUCUUGUUCAACAACCAUUUUCGGAUGAGCACACUGACUCUGAGAUGCUCCUUGUCAACUGGAUCUCCCCCGCCGGGCUUGAUAAGGAUGUGAGGUUUUGGAGCUUGAACGCCAAUGGUUCCUUCUCUGUCAAAUCCUUCUACGACCGCCUGAAUGACGGGGGCCUUCGGUGCCCAAUUGCUAAGUUUUUUUGGAAAGGACCUUGCCCGCGGAAGGUCAAUAUCUUCAACUGGUUAGCUUGGAAGGAUAAAAUCCUGACUCUCGAAAAUCUGGCUAAACGGAGAUGUAACAAGCUUCCGACUGACACAUGUGUGCUGUGUCACGAAGCGGUGGAAUCUGUGGAUCAUCUUUUCUUACAAUGUCGUUUCUCCUUGGAAGUGUGGGCACAACUUAGUAAAGUAGUCCAGUUACCGGCGCUUCCGAGGUUGAUGUCGGUACUGUGGGGGGUUUGGCGGGCUACCUUGCCGGGCGCAGUUCGCGUGAUGGGGGACGGGGUCUUCAAAGCUUUUGUGUGGGCUAUUUGGCUUGCGAGAAAUGAUGUUAUUUUUGCAGAUAAAUCUCCGGAUGGGUUGAGAUCGACUCUUGAUGAUUCUAUUUCCUCCAUUAGGCGCAGUUUAGAUUUCACGGGACCUCAGUCUGAGGGGGCAGUGGUGCCACAGUCGACUGGGGAGGCUCUGGAUGAUGUAGUGAGAUUAGUUGAGUUUCUCCGUCAGUCGCCGGAGCUCAUCGCCGGACUUGAAGGAAGUUGGGUUGCUAGAGCUCGCCGGAGUUCACGGAAGGGUCUGAUCAUCAGAAGGGUGAAGGGUGAUAGGUUUGUUUUAGCUGUUGAUUAUGAGGCUGCCAGAAAUUUUUUCAUUGAGGUUAUAAAAGUGAUUAUCCCUUUUCCAGAUUGUUUAUUUUUUUUUGAUUAUGAGGUCAAAGGAGGGGAACUAUUGAUUUGA